AUGCCUCGUACUAAUGUCAUCACAGCUCAGCCGCAAAGCCAGCUGUCACCGCAGCGACCCCCACUACUCCCACCGCAAACCGCUGCGAUGGCCACCACAACACCCCGACCCCCCUCGAUCCACGUCGACACCAACACCUGGAUGUUAAAUCCCAACGAGUGGCAGCAAGCAAUAAUCCGCCUUGCCUACGAACCCACGAUAGAUAUUUGCCCAAGUAAAUCUAACGCUCAGCUCCCGCGUUUCGCGGGACCCGAGGGCGGUGGAGUCCACACUGACUGGCGAUGGUAG